AUGGGUUGCGGUUCAUCUGGUCACGUGAUCGCACCAGCACCUGGACAAGAAAACGGAUCAGUCGCCAACGGACAUACUGUCAACGAACAUAAUACUCACCAUGAUAAUGAUCUUCCCACGGUGAUGCUACCAGAUACACCAGCAAAGCCUAAACCACCUAUUGCCUUUGAAAUUCCAAUAGAAGAAUUCGAUAGAAGCCAUCGGGCAAUCACACCACCAGCUCAUCUACAACGGUUACUGCGUCCGCCCAGCACCGACGUUAGUCUGCCUCAUAUUGAAGAAAAGCUAGCAGAGGCUGAACAAAGAAGGCAAGCAAUACUACAACAACGUGCGGCUUCAGCUCAAAAAAGGUCGCAGAAAAUUACAAAGAGCUUCCAGGAUAUCAAGAAAUUUGACAAAACGGAAUUUAAUCAUGAUGAAACCAGUCACAAGCUUAUCAUUCCACCAGAUCCAGGACUUGAAGAUAAACUAAUCUAA